UUUUCAAAGUUGUAACAGUAACAAGUGUUUUGUGAAAUAUCAGAAAUUUUGUAGAAAUGGAUGGUGUAUUUCAUAUCGAUAAAAGUCUUCAAGAAAGGCUAACGUUGUACGAAGAAGUAUUCCCCCCAAAUUUUUCAUCAAUAAAACAGCAGUGGUCAUGGUACUUACAAGACAAUGUAGAUACGAAUGGAUGGCAAGCUGUGUGGAAGAUUCCCAGGGCCACUUGUGAAUCAUUAAACAUUCCUUUUCCAUCUAUUGCCCUAGUUAUUGUUUUGGAUGUCAAAGUAAAUCAGUUGGAAGCUGUUGUUAAAGUCUUAGGCGUUGAAGAUGAGGACAUACAUAUACCAGAAAGGCACCGAGUGCCUUUAGUACAAUUAUGGGUGACUAAAACACAAGACAAAAGUAUUGGAUUCCUAAGUAUCAACUCAACUGCACAUACUAUUGAUGCAUUACGGUUCUUUUAUUUACAUUUAUACAUGCCAUGGGAUAAUGAUGAAAUAGAAAAUUAUGAAUGGAAAGAAAAGCACCUGGAAUCCCGGUUGAGGUUGUACUAUGAUAUGAGAAAUGGAAUAAUACCUAGGUCUACAUCUGAAACCAUUAGAUCACUGAUAUCUGAGGCAAAAAGGCUGUAUACAAAAAGAGAAUUUUUAGAAGAAUCAAUUUCAGAUAUUCAACAUGAAGAUGAUCUAUUUUUAAAUAAAAACACAGAAAAAUUGAUGCAAAUUCAAGUAAGAAUGUUGGAAAUAAAAAGUGCCAUAGAGGUUUAUGAAGAUCCUUUGUUAAGAAAAGUGUUAAUAAAAAGACAGAAUCAAGAGAGUCCUAUGACUAUAUCAGAAAAACAAUUUUGGUUAGUAUUUGAACAAGGAGAAGUGGAGGAUUACCUCAAGUUUUUGGAGAAAGUUAAAGAAGAUUUUGGCAAUACUAAAACUAUGAGCUUUGUCUCAAAUUUAGCUCAAGUAUUGGAAAUAGCCAAUGCAAAUAGCACUUUUAUUUUGAAAGAUUCCAUACAUGUUAUUCACUCAACUGGUGCUUUGGAGAAUGGAGGAGAACUUAUUGGUGUAGUAGAUAAAAGUAAAACAACAAUUAUGUCUGAUAUAGAUGAUGUUAUGUUUGACUUUGUUGAUAAUGUUAAAAUAAAAAACUUAACUAUAAAUGCUGGGAAUGCUAAAUGUGCAAUUCUUGUAAGAAAAGGGAAAGUCACUUUGGAAAAUGUUCAAAUUAUUGGUAAUGGAAAAUCAUCCACAGCUCAAGGAAUUAUAGUAUUACCAGGUGCUUAUGUUGAAUUAAAAAACUGUGAUAUAUCUAAAUUUAGUUGUGCAAUCACCGGAAAUCCAUCUUCUGAAAUUAUAAUAACAAACUCUGAAAUUCAUGAUGUUCAUUAUGGAUUGAAGAUACUUGAAGGUUGUUCUGUUAAUGUUCAAGACGCCACAAUAAGAAACUGCAAACACUAUGGUGUUGUGCUAGAAACACAAAAAGGCAUAAGCAAAAAUGUGGGAGAUUUUGAAUUGCUUAGAAUUAUACCCCAUUUUAAAGUACAAUCUAUUAGUGGAAAUAACAACAAUAAUGAUGUGAUGAUAAGACAGAAAUCGAAAAUUCGUCCUAUAGAAGACCUUUUUGCUGACCCCAGUUUAGAUCUUACAAUUUGCGAAGAGAGCGAUGAUGAAAUGAAUAAUACUAUGAAUGCGACAGUUAUAGAAAAUGAAAUUAUAGAAAAUGUUUCCUAAGUGCAGUUUGGCCACAAUAUUUAUUUUUUAUAUAUGUAUAUAUUUUCCAAAUGUCUAUUGUUUAGUUAUUGGAAGAAUUAAAAUUUUGUUUAUUA